AUGGCAAAUUCUCGCAUUGCAAGGUUUUUCAUGGAGGUGGCACCACCACAAUAUGUCAGUGUGAUGAGACGUAGAACAUCAAAGAUGAUGGAAACAAUUACCGAAGAGGAUAGGGAAAUUAGCUUAAAUGAUAGUGUAAUUUCAGUUUCAUCACCUUCUGCUUCUGCUUCUGCCUCUUCUUCUACCAAUGCAACUGUUAAUACUAGCUUCUUUCUGAAGGAAGUUCAUAGAAAGCUCUCCAGUUUGAAUCACUGA